AACAUCAAUAAUCCAACCUUUCACUGGUUCUCCCAAAAUAAUUCAGCCUUUGAAUUAACCCUAAAUAAUCCCAUCUUUGAUACAUAUUCUCCCAUAUCGAGCCUAAGCUAAGUGACCGGAUACCUGAAGAUUAGGUAGUUUAUUUUUUUUUCCCUUUUUUUUCCUCCAUGACCACUUCUUUCUCUUUGUUCCUCCAUGACCACCUCUCUUUCCCCUCCAUGAACACCUUUCUUCCUCCUUUCUCCAUGAACACAACCUUUAUUACCACCUCCUUCAUCCUUUCUCCAUCACCACGAACCACAAUCACCACCAUGAAAUCGGUCGAAAUCCCUACCCACCUCUAUUUUCGUCCCAGCAGCACCUCCUUCAAUUCAUCUAUCCUUCCUUCAUCAUUAAAACCACAAUCACCACCACGAAAGGAGAGAGAAGGAAAAUGGGAAAAAAGGAGGCUUUGGAAGUAUAGGCAAGAGGGGGUGUUUUCUAUGGGUUUUGGUGUAGCGGUGGGGGUUUGUGGGUUGGUUGAUGGUGGUGCGGAGGUGGGAUGGUGGGAAGUGGAGGUUUGUGGGUUGGUUGAUUUUCGUCACGGGAAGACAGAAGGUAGCACGGUGGGGGGUUUUGGGUUGGUUGAUGGUGGUACGGAGGUGGGUUGGUGGUUUCAUCGACGGUGGGUUGUGGUGGUGUUGUGGGGCUGCGGCGGUGCGGAUGAUGGUGGGUUGACAGUGGGGUUGAUGGUGGGAAGUCCAUGGUGGGGUUAAUUUAUUACUUUUUUCAUUUUUUUGGGAUUUUUUUUUUAAUUUUUUUUUAAUUUUUUAUGAUUUUUGUUAAAAAAAUUAAGUUUUAAAUUAUAAAAAAAGGUCAAACCAAAGCUACCACGUGGCUUGGCAACCGGUCAUAGAGGAUAAGGUGACAACCGGUCAUAGAGGGUAAGGUGACCUGCUGGUGGCGGUGGAGGAGAAUAAUAGGUAAAAGUAGGAUUAUUCAAGUUAAUUUAAAGGUUGGAUUAUUUGGAAGAAGGGAAAGGUUGGAUUAUUCAUCUUAAAUUUUCCCAGUCAAAAUGUUAAACAUAUUAAAACACGGAGGAACUAUUAAAUAUCAACGAGUCGAAGUCCACGCAUUUGGUUGCAUCUUAGUUCCACUAUUUCUGUAACCCACCUUCCUUUGUUCUUUGGAUAAAAUCUUUAAUACUUCAAUUUCAAUGAAAAAUCAGUUCUUAAACCACUUAUUCAAGUCUAGAUUUAAGCCUAAGUUUUUAUGUGUACGUGCUCAAAAAUCAGCCAACUUUAGCACAACCAGUAGCGGUGGAAGUGGCGGCGGAGAGGAAGGCGGAGGUGGUGCGUCAUGGCAAAAGUUGGAUGGUCUGAUGAGAUGUCCGGCGAAUUAUACUCCUUUGACUCCGAUCACCUUCCUCGAACGCUCCGCCAAGGUGUUUCCUCACCGGAUUUCCGUCGUGUACGGUUGUUUGCGGUACACUUGGAGCGAGACUCGUCAACGAUGCGGCAAACUUGCUUCCACUCUCACUACCAUCCUUCGCAUUUCACCCGGCCAUAUAGUAGCAGCACUAGCUCCAAAUGUGCCUGCUAUGUACGAGCUGCAUUUUGCAGUACCUAUGGCAGGAGCCACUCUCUGCGCCCUUAAUACCCGUCUUGACUCAUCCAUGCUUUCCACCCUCCUUUCUCAUUCUCAAGCUAAAGUCUUAUUUGUAGACUAUCAAUUACUUAACCUUGCUUCAGAAGCUCUCCAUCUCAUGUCUAUAACCGGGGAAAAACCACCAUUACUUGUCCUCAUUAGAGAUUCUGACUCUGAUGAACAUGAGAAUGUUGAGUAUGAUUAUGAAUACGAGAAUCUCUUAGCCAAUGGGGAUGAUCAAUUUCAGCCUCAACUUCCUACAGAUGAGUGGGACCCAAUAAGUGUCAGCUACACCUCUGGCACCACCUCUCGUCCCAAGGGAGUUGUUUAUAGUCACCGUGGAGCUUACAUCAAUGCCAUCUCCACAUUUUUGCUUCAUGAAAUGGGUCCUAUGCCAACUUACCUUUGGACCGUCCCCAUGUUUCAUUGUAGUGGAUGGUGCCUUCCUUGGGGUGUGGCAGCUCAAGGGGGCACGAACAUUUGCCUCCGAAAGGUCACCCCAAAGGCAAUAUUUGAUAACAUUGUCCUCCACAAUGUGACUCAUAUGGGUGCAGCUCCUACUGUUUUGAAUAUGAUUGUCAACUCCCUUCCUUUUGACCGGAAGACCCUACCAAACAAGGUAAAAGUGCUCACAGGAGGAUCACCCCCUCCACCUCAGGUAUUUUCGAAGAUGGAAGAAUUAGGAUUUGAAGUAGGACACCUUUAUGGGCUCACCGAAACGUAUGGCCCCAGCACUUAUUGUGUAUGGAAACCUGAAUGGGACUCUUUGCCUCCCGGUGAGAAAUCAAAUAUGAAAGCUAGACAAGGCGUACAACAUCUAGGGUUAGAGGAUGUCGAUGUCAGAGAUCCUCUCACCAUGGAAAGUGUUCCUGCAGAUGGUAAAUCAAUGGGGGAGAUAAUGUUCAAAGGAAAUACUGUGAUGAGUGGAUACUUGAAGGAUUUAAAUGCAACAAAGGAAGCGUUCAGAGGAGGUUGGUUUCAUUCUGGUGACCUUGCUGUGAAACACCCUGACAAUUACGUAGAAAUCAAGGAUCGCUUGAAGGAUAUUAUCAUUUCUGGUGGAGAGAAUAUAAGCACAGUCGAGGUAGAGACUGUGCUAUACAGCCACCCUGCUAUUUUUGAGGCUGCUGUUGUGGCAAGACCUGAUAAUCACUGGGGUGAAAUACCUUGCGCGUUUGUAAAGUUGAAGGAUGGCUAUAAGGUUACUGAGCAGGAAAUAAUCAAGUUUUGUCGUGAUCAUUUGCCUCAUUACAUGGCUCCUAAGUGUGUUGUCUUUGAGGAGAUACCAAAGACCGCGACUGGUAAGUUCCAGAAGUUUAUUCUUAGAGAAAAGGCCAAGGCUAUGGGAUGCCUUUCAUAAGACAGAGAAUUUCACAUAGGCUAUAGGCCUUAAUUAGUAAAUAUGACAAGAAUCUGUUUGACUGUUACAUAGGUUUGUCCCAUAAUGUAGAAGAUAAAAGAAAAUCGUACUGUAAUAAAAAAGGUUGUUACAUUAUUCAGAUAUCUCUAUAUACUAUACGUGACAGUUAAUUUUGAACGAGUAAAAUACUACAUUGAUGACAA